GCGAAGAAGUUGGAAGAGAGCGAGAGGGAGGUCGAGAGUCUGAAGGAGUGGUUGGACGUAACGGAGAAGAAUCACGAAGCGAACCUUCGCGAGUUUUGUUCUUCCGUCGAGUCCGACAAGACAAAGGCGAUAUCAGAUCUGGAAACGGCCAAGGCCGAUCACUCCGACAGGACCGACAUUCUCCGAACUGAGAUUGCCGAUCUUAAGGAAAAGCUGGCCGAGGCCACCCGAAAGGAGUCUUCGCUGAUCAAGGAUGUCGAAAAAUUAACCGCCCUGAAGGAUGAGAACGAGAAGGAGAGUAGGAGGAUGGAAAAGCAGCUUUCCGAUAAAGAUUGCACGGCUAUCGACUUGCGGAACGAAAUCGACACCCUGGAAGAGAAAAUGAAACGAAACGGAAGUAAGACGGAGGAUCAAAUGACGGCCUACAAAGAAGAGAUUGAAAGAAACGUGAAGAGGAUGAAAGAGUUGGACGCUACGAUCGCGAAGAAGAUUCGAGAGGCGGCUGGUCUCGAAGACGAGAUCGCCGUCCUCAAAGAAGG